UCAAAGUGGCAGCCAUUAUAAGACUAAAAGGCUAAGACAUGGACGAAGUAUGAACAACCAUUCUUUUACAAGCAGUGCCUUGACAAGAGUGAGCAUCUCUCCAAAGCCUAAGAAGAGCUCGAAACGAAGCCAACUUGAGAAGAUCACUAAACCUCAGAUUCCUCCAUACAAAUCAAAAAUGGCUCAAAGGGUCGAGGUGGGUUCAGAGCCAAGGAGCCAGAACAAGUCCUUGAGUAGCUCAAGAGUGAAGUCCUCUCAUGUUGUCAGAGGGAAGACUGGGCAUGUCAAAAGGCAUCCAUCAGAGGGAGGUGUGUAUUCCAAGGUAGUUACUAUCAUACAAGAAUGCUUGGAGGCACUCCAUCAAGGUCAUGGCUACAAUCAAUGUAUUACGAAGCUCACUGGAGUAGAGAAAUUAGCUGUAACUCACCUAGGGGCGGCAGAUAGGAUUACUAUCUUUAUAAAAUAUCUCAGAAUUCGGUCUUACUACGUCUCACAGGAUUAUGGACGAGCUAUUAAGAAUAUAGAGCUGAUGACCAAAAAGAGCUUGUGAUUUUAUAAGAAAAAGAAACUUAAAAAGGAAAUUGCCAAUUCUCUGAUGCAUAUUCACAAGAUCUGGGCUGAUACUUUGGUCCUGACGGAAAAUUACUCCAAAGCUGCGAAGGUUUAUAGAGAAUUGAUUGACCUUAAUUCAAUUUGGAAGGAUAAUAGAUACAGUAGCACUUGUGAAGAUCUCAUCCCCUACAAAGACCAUGAGUUUAGCCCAAAAGAUCUGUUAGAAGCAAAAUCUAGUUGUGGAGAAGCUCUAAUGAACUCCGGAGAAACUAUCCGUGCUAUUAAGAGGUUUGAAGAAGCCAAGGAAUAUUAUCACAGUACUUUGGUAGUCAGCUCCGAGCUAGUUUACAUCAAUAUUCUGAACCAGGUUGGCAACUGAUACAUGAGAAUUCAGAAAUAUGAAAAAGCUCUGGAAAAUUAUGAGCUAUCAAUGAGGAUAUUUGAAGCUUCUAAGGAUGAGCUCCAGAUCAGUGAUAUCGUCAUGGCAAAGAUCCAGGCCAAUAUAGCCUCGAUAUAUCUUGAAAAGCAGCGCUUUGUAGAAGCCAUCCGGCUCUACGAGAGCUCUCUCAGGCUCAAGAGGCAGAAUUUUCCAGAGCAUCAUGAAGAGAUUGAACUAGCCUAUUCAAAUCUUGCUGAAGCUUACUCGAAGGGGUAUGAGUAUGCAGAAGCAUACUCCUGUUUCGAUCAAGCUUAUGAAAUAUCCAAGAAUUUAUAUGGAAAGCACCACAAAGCUCCUGCUAGAUACAUCCUGAACUGUGCUCGGAUGAAAUUCAAACUUGAAGAGUAUGAAGACUCAACGAAGCUCUUUGAAUACGCUGCGAAGUUAUACCAGUACCUUGAAGAAGGUAUUGGCAAGCAGGGACGAGCCAUUCUGUUAAAGCUGGUCGAAAUCAGCCAAGUCCAACACAAUGAUGAGAAGGCUGGGGUAUAUCUGAGCCAACUCCUUAGCUCUCUAGACUCUUGUAGAAGCUCCAGUGAGAAAGUAAAUUACCUUAAUGACCUCGGAAAUAUUCAGAAAAGAGGUGGCCAGCUUUACAUGGCUAUUGAGCUAUAUAAGAAGGCUAUAGAGCUCUCAACUAGGAGCAUUAGAGGCAAAUGUUUUGAGAAAAGCAAGUCAACUAUUCUGACCAACCUUGCUGACACUUAUUGUGCUGUGAGUAAUUAUCAUAAUGCAUGAAAGUACUAUAAACAUGCCUUGAAAAUGCUUGAUGAAGCCCUUCCCAUGGCUGAUCUGGGAUAUGCUAAAACCAUGCUGAAGUUAGCAAAAGCGCAGAAAUAUUAUGAGUCUCAGUCAGGACCUACAAAGAGCCAGAAUAAGGUUAUCUCACCAAACAAAAAGAAGCAAAGAGGAUAUUGAGAUGAAGCACAAGAUUCAGAGCAGAUACUUAAGCAGGCUAUGGCUAUCAUUCAAAAUCUCCCUCCUAGUCCGGCCCAGGAGGCCCUUCUACGUUGAGCAAUAGAAGAGUUCUAAGAUACUGAAUUAAAUCUCAAUUUUUGACAUAUC